AUGCUUUUUGGUACAUAGUGAUGGUGUGAGUAGACUGGAUGUAGCUUUAGCUGUCGUUUUAAUGCCACAUUAACAUGAGAGGCAACAAUGUGUGUAGGAAAUUCAUGGGCUUUGGAAGAGUCUCAGUGAAGAGGUACCUGGGACAUGCAAGCAGUUAAUAAUGUGAAUUGUAUUUCAGGCUAUUCCUCCCUUUGAAUUUGCUUUCAAAGAUGAGCGGAUCUCUCUCACUAUUGUGGAUGCCGUCAUCAGCGCCCCCACUGUUCCCAAAGGGAGCAUCUGCAAGGAGCUCAAUGUUUAUCCUGCAGAAUGCCGGGGCAGGAGGAGCACCUACCGGGGAAAGUUGACAGCUGAUAUCAGCUGGGCUGUAAACGGAAUCUCAAAAGGAACCAUUAAGCAGUUUCUUGGCUAUGUUCCCAUCAUGGUGAAGUCCAAGCUUUGCAACUUAUACAACCUUCCUCCAAAAGCCCUCAUUGAGCACCAUGAGGAACCAGAGGAAAUGGGAGGCUAUUUCAUAAUCAAUGGCAUUGAAAAGGUCAUCCGAAUGUUGAUUAUGCCUCGGAGAAAUUUCCCUAUUGCAAUGAUAAGACCAAAAUGGAAAGCUAGAGGGCCUGGCUACACUCAAUAUGGAGUGUCAAUGCACUGUGUGAGGGAAGAACACUCUGCUGUCAAUAUGAACCUUCACUACUUGGAAAAUGGCACAGUUAUGUUGAACUUUAUUUACCAGAAAGAACUGUUUUUUCUUCCUUUGGGAUUCGCACUUAAGGCACUUGUCAGCUUUUCCGAUUACCAGAUUUUUCAGGAGCUCAUCAAAGGAAAAGAGGACAACUCUUUCUUUAGGAACUCUGUUACUCAGAUGUUAAGGAUGGUGAUGGAUGAAGGUUGUUCCACACAGAAGCAGGUCCUUAACUAUCUAGGUGAACGCUUCAGAGUAAAGCUUAGUCUCCCUGACUGGUAUUCAAAUGAACAAGCGGCAGAGUUUCUGUUUAACCAGUGUAUCUGUAUCCACUUGAAAUCCAAUACUGAGAAGUUUUAUGUACUUUGUCUCAUGACCCGGAAGCUGUUUGCUUUGGCCAAAGGAGAGUGCAUGGAGGAGAAUCCUGAUAGUUUAGUGAAUCAGGAAGUGCUCACACCCGGGCAGCUCUUCCUCAUGUUUCUGAAGGAAAAAAUGGAAGCGUGGUUAGUAUCUGUUAAAAUAGGUAUGGACAAGAAGGCUCAGAAGACCAAUAUGUCUAUAAACAGUGAAAAUUUGAUGAAGAUUUUAAGUCUGGGAAUAGACCUUACAAAACCAUUUGAGUAUCUUCUUGCUACUGGGAAUCUGCGUUCCAAAACAGGUCUUGGCUUCCUGCAAAAUUCUGGACUUUGUGUCGUGGCUGAUAAGCUGAACUUCAUCCGCUAUCUCUCCCAUUUCCGCUGUGUGCACAGAGGGGCUGACUUUGCCAAGAUGAGGACCACCACAGUGCGCAGGCUGCUGCCGGAGUCUUGGGGUUUCCUUUGUCCCGUGCACACUCCUGAUGGGGAGCCCUGCGGCCUGAUGAACCACUUAACUGCCAUAUGUGAGGUGGUCACGCAGUUUGUGUACACAGCAUCUAUUCCAGCUUUGCUCUGCAACCUGGGGGUUACUCCAGUUGAUGGAACGCCUCACCGACCUUACGCCGAGUGCUACCCUGUCCUGCUGGACGGUGUCAUGGUUGGCUGGGUAGAUAAGGAGCUUGCUGCUGGUGUUGCAGCUUCUCUCCGGCAUUUUAAGGUGUUGAGAGAAAAAAGAAUCCCUCCCUGGAUGGAGGUGGCCCUUGUCCCCAUGACAGGAAAACCAAGUCUGUACCCAGGACUGUACCUUUUCACCACUCCUUGUAGGCUGGUGCGGCCUGUGCGAAACUUGGAAUUGGGCAAAGAAGAGUUGAUUGGAACUAUGGAGCAGCUCUUCAUGAAUAUUGCCAUCUUCGAGGAUGAGGUUUUUGCUGGAGUGACCACCCACCAGGAACUCUUCCCUCACAGCCUGCUGAGUGUGAUCGCCAACUUUAUCCCUUUCUCUGAUCACAACCAGAGUCCAAGGAACAUGUACCAGUGCCAGAUGGGUAAACAAACUAUGGGCUUCCCACUUCUCACUUAUCAAGACCGAUCCGAUAAUAAGCUGUAUCGUCUUCAGACCCCACAAAGCCCUUUGGUGAGGCCGUGCAUGUAUGAUCACUAUGACAUGGACAACUAUCCAAUUGGGACCAAUGCCAUCGUUGCUGUUAUUUCUUACACUGGCUACGAUAUGGAAGAUGCCAUGAUUGUGAAUAAGGCUUCUUGGGAACGAGGUUUUGCCCAUGGAAGUGUCUACAAAUCUGAGUUCAUAGAUCUCGCUGAAAAAAUUAAACAAGGAGAUGAUAGUCUGGUGUUUGGAGUCAAACCUGGUGACCCGCGGACUGUGCAGAAGUUAGAUGAGGAUGGAUUGCCAUUUAUUGGAGCACAGCUGCAGUAUGGAGAUCCCUAUUACAGCUAUGUAAACCUCAACACUGGCGAGAGCUCUGUGAUGUUCUACAAGAGUAAAGAAAAUUGUAUUGUGGACAACAUCAAAGUGUGUAGUAAUGACACUGGAAGUGGAAAAUUUAAAUGUGUUUGCAUCACGAUGAGAAUCCCUCGGAACCCAACCAUUGGAGAUAAGUUUGCCAGCCGGCAUGGGCAGAAGGGCAUCCUGAGCAGACUGUGGCCAACCGAGGACAUGCCCUUUACCGAAAGUGGGAUGGUCCCAGACAUUCUGUUCAACCCUCAUGGGUUCCCGUCCCGAAUGACUAUUGGUAUGUUAAUCGAGAGCAUGGCGGGCAAGUCUGCAGCUCUGCAUGGUCUCUGCCAUGAUGCCACACCCUUCACCUUUUCAGAGGAGAACUCGGCCUUGGAGUACUUUGGUGAGAUGUUGAAGGCUGCUGGCUACAACUUCUAUGGCACUGAGAGGCUGUACAGUGGCAUCAGUGGGGUGGAACUGGAAGCAGAUAUUUUCAUUGGCGUGGUUUAUUACCAGCGGUUACGCCACAUGGUCUCAGACAAAUUCCAGGUCAGAACCACCGGAGCCAGAGACAGAGUCACUAACCAGCCCAUCGGGGGGAGAAACGUCCAGGGUGGGAUCCGUUUUGGGGAAAUGGAGAGGGAUGCUCUGUUAGCUCAUGGAACUUCUUUUCUCCUUCACGACCGCCUCUUUAACUGUUCUGACCGGUCGGUAGCCCAUGUGUGUGUGAAGUGUGGCAGUCUGCUCUCUCCGCUGUUAGAGAAGCCACCCCCUUCGUGGUCAGCCAUGCGCAACAGAAAAUACAACUGUACUGUGUGCAAUCGCAGUGACACUAUCGACACUGUCUCUGUGCCUUACGUUUUUCGGUAUUUUGUAGCUGAACUGGCAGCUAUGAACAUCAAAGUAAAACUGGAUGUCAUUUAAUUGAUGUGGCCUUUUGGGUUAGGUGAUCUGUCAGAUUAAAACAAAAUGUAACUUCAGUAAA